AUUUUCACUUGCCUUUGUGUUUUUCAAGGGCUCUAUGUUUCUAGGUUUACAGCUCUCACCUGCUUUCUCAUACAUGUAGCUUGCUAGGUCGACCUUGAGCUAUGUAUCUACAGUCUACUUGUGUGUGUACGCGUAUGUACAGUCUUGGUUGUUAUUUGUACAGUGAAUGGGAGAGCGAGAUGAGAGAGAGAUAUUCGUGAGAGAGAGAGAGAGAGGUAGGGAGAGAGAGAGAGGGUGGGAGGGGGAGAGAGAGAGAGAGAGAGAGAGAGAGAGAGAGAGAGAGAUUAGUUAGUGUCUGAGAGAGGGGCAUGAUGCACUUGUUGUGUGGAGACUCUUAUUUGACAUGAAAAUGGGAACUCAAAGUCUUGAUAGUUACUUGUCUUUAUCUGCUUAAGACCUAGAAAAUCUCUUUCUAUCCACUGAUUGCUUUACAAAAUUCCAUUUUAUUGAUUGACCAACUCUUUAAAAGUCACCAAGUCAUCUGCUGUUCAUAUUUGCUACCAGUUGAUGAUUUUCUAACCCUAUAAUUAUCAACAACAUUCCCUCCCAGUACUAUACUGAUGGGUCUCCAAGAUCCACCCCCAAACUCCAACACUCUUCACCAGUUUCUUAAUCCAGACUCCAUUUCUAGUCACCAAACACAGAUUGCAAACCAACAUUUAGAUGCUUUUGGAGCUGAUUCAAGAGGCCAUGCAUAUCAUCACCCUGUUAGGCCAUUGCCUAGUAUACAGACUCUUGGAGAAAGAAUGUCCAGAUCAAUAAACCUUCUUCAAGUUCCUCCACCAGCCCAUGAAUCUGACAUAAACCAUAGCAGACACCUGCCGAAUCUUCCUGAUCAAACCCCGAAUGACACGGGGGCUCAUACGCAGAAAUUAUCGCUUUCUCUAGGCUCAUGGAUGCUACUUCCUCCAACUCAGUACAGGCAAAGACCCAUGACUUCAAGUCUAAUGAGUCCUGCUUACUCCUGUAACCCUGCGGUGGAUCGUGCCAGCAAUGACUAUUCAGUCUCGGGUAGUUCUUUGGCCUCCUCCUUACCAUCACAAUACCAGUUAUCUUUUAACUUCGGUGGAACAACAGAGUCUUACAUGCUUGCUGUAGGGGAAUCAAAAUAUUUAAAACCAGCUCAGUCCCUUCUUGAAGAAGCUGUUAGUGUUGGUGGAAGAUCAAUCCAAGCCAGCAAUGAGGAAUAUAUCAAAAGAUUAUCCCCUGCCGACAAAAAAGGCUCUUUGGGACUUUGGUCUGAACUAAGAUCAGACUUGUUUAACAAUGCCUCAUCCUUGGAUAAACAACUUGAAGCUAAACUAUCCAAACUCAUUUCUUUGUUGGAGGAGGUUGAGAGAACAUUUGAGCAAUAUUAUCACCACAUGGAAGAGGUGGUUUCUUCAUUUGAAGUGAUAGCUGGUUCAGGAGCAGGUAAAUCUUACACUGCUCUUACACUUCAAGCAAUGUCGAGACAUUUUUGCAGCUUAAAGGAUGCCAUCAUAUAUCAAAUCGGUGCUACAAGAAGAAAACAUAUGCCAAAAAUCAACAUGGGCCUAUCACAACUUAGCUUGAGUGAUCAAGAAAAUCGGGUAUCACUGCAACAGCUUGGAAUGAUUCAUAGCACUCGCCAAACUUGGAGGCCUAUCAGAGGAUUGCCUGAAAAUUCAGUCACAAUCCUCCGUUCGUGGCUUUUCGAGCACUUUCUCCAUCCAUAUCCCAAUGACUCCGAAAAGCUUGUAUUGGCAUCACAAACAGGCUUGUCUAAGAAUCAAGUUUCGAAUUGGUUUAUAAAUGCCCGGGUUCGGCUAUGGAAACCAAUGAUUGAAGAAAUGUACAAGGAAGAGUUUGCGGAUGACUCGAUCAACCCAGCACAAGAAAGCAACUCGACUUCAAAUGAGAGAAUCACAUUUGAUGCAGAGGAGUCGAGUAACUGAGGUUCUCUGAAUGAUUAGUGCUGAUUUAUAUUGAUACAUAUAUUUCCUUUUCAAGAAGGGCAAGCUCCUUUACUUUCAAGUUAACUUAUCCAGUCUCUAGUCAAACCAAGUUCUUGAAGUUAAAGAAAAUUUAUGAGCAUUCCAUCUCUAUUUACAAGUAAUUUCUGUUCCAAUCUUGCAAAAAUUUUAAUACCAGCAAAAUCGGGUUUCUACCACUUCUACUUAGA